CCAGCCUUAGUUUGCAAUGUCUUCACUAAGUUCUCUCUCGUUUUUAGGUUUUUUGCUCCUUCUAUUGCUUCAUGAAGUUGCUUCCAUAGAUUAUACAUUAGCCCUUACCAAAUCUUUGCUGUAUUAUGAAGCUCAGAGAUCAGGGAAACUACCUCCCAACCAGCGAGUGCAGUGGAGAGGUGACUCUGGUCUAAAUGAUGGUAGUGAUGCCGGUAUUGAUCUAGUUGGUGGAUAUUAUGAUGCGGGAGACAAUGUGAAAUUUGGGUUUCCAAUGGCAUUUACAGUGACAAUGCUUGCAUGGAGUGCAGUAGAGUAUGGGACACAACUUUCAUCUAAAAAUGAGUUAUCACAUGCCCUUGAGGCAAUUAAAUGGGGAACAGAUUACUUAAUCAAAGCUCACCCUCAACCUGAUAUCCUCUAUGCUGAAGUUGGUGAUGGUGAUUCUGAUCAUGAAUGUUGGCAGAGACCAGAAGACAUGACCACACCCCGGACGACCUAUAAGAUCGACGACCAACAUCCGGGAGCUGACCUCGCCGGCGAAACUUCUGCUGCUCUAGCUGCUGCAUCCAUUGUUUUCCGAUCAUCAAAUCCUCACUAUUCAUCCAUACUUAUUAGCCAUGCAAAGGAGCUCUUUGAUUUUGGUCGCAAUCACCCAGGCCUGUAUCAAAAUAGCAUUCCAGUUGUUGGAAAGUUCUACUCUAGUAGUGGUUAUGAGGACGAAUUGUUAUGGGCAGCUGCAUGGCUCCACCGAGCUACAGGUGAUGAGACAUACUUAAAUUAUCUUAGCAGCUCUGGAAAUACUGGUGGUUCAAGAUCCAUGUUCUCUUGGGAUGACAAGUUCUUGGGUGUCCAGGUUCUAGUCUCCAAGCUUGUUCUUGAAGGCAAAGUUGGGAAUUCUGGGAACUGGGCUCAAUACAAGAGUGAGGCAGAGCAGUUUAUUUGUUCCUGCGUUCAGAAAGGGAGCAAUAACUUUAAGAAGAGCCCUGGGGGUUUGCUAUGGUGGCAGCCAUGGAAUGAUCUUCAAUACACAACUGCUGCUAUAUUCGUAUUGUCAGCUUACUCUGACUAUCUAUCAGCUACUCAUACAGAUGCAAAUAUCCAGUGCCAAGGUGGCCCUGUUACACCAACUGACUUAAUCAACUUUGUGCAAUCACAGGUUGAUUAUAUUUUGGGUUCAAACCCAAAAGGAACAAGUUACAUGGUAGGUUUUGAGUCGAAGUACCCAGAGCAGGUCCAUCAUAGGGGAGCUUCAAUUGUUUCAAUAAAGAAGGAUCCCACGGCAGUGACAUGCAAAGGAGGUUUUGAUGAAUGGUUUAACAAGAAUUCACCCAAUCCAAACGUGUUGGAUGGUGCAAUUGUUGGUGGUCCUGAUGAGAAUGACUCUUAUACUGAUUCAAGGUCUAACUUCCAGCAAGCCGAACCUGCAACUGCUAACAGCGCACCCCUCGUUGGUGUGUUAGCCAGGCUUGCCUAG